AUGGGCCGCGAGAACUUUCCCGGGGUGCAGGGCGGCGGAUCCCUCAUCCUAGCAUGGCAAGUGCGCAACAAGAAAGUCCUAGUGAUAGGCGGCGGCGAGGUAGCAGCUGGCCGCAUCCUCAAUCUCCUCAACGCCGACGCCCGCGUAACCGUCAUCUCGCCCCGCGCCGGCCUUAACCCGGAAGUCGCUCACCGCAUCGCUCACAACCAAGUCGAGUACCAUGACCGCAAAUUCGAACCCUCGGACCUCGACGACCCGAACAUAACUAUGGUCCUGACCGCCAUAGAUGACUCGGAAGCAUCAUCACAGAUCUGGAAACUGUGCAAGGAGAAGCGGAUCGCGGCGAAUAUCGCCGACGUCCCGCCGGAGUGCGACUUCUACUUUGGCAGUGUGCAUCGGGAUGGCCCAUUGCAGAUUAUGGUUAGUACGAAUGGGAACGGGCCGAAAAUGGCGAACAUUGUGCGACGUAGGAUUGCGGCCAGUUUGCCGGAAAAUAUCGGGGAGGCGAUUAAGAAGGUGGGUGUGUUGAGAAAGAAGUUGAGAGGGGUUGCGCCGGCGGAGGAGGAGGGGCCGAAGAGGAUGAAGUGGAUGUCGAAAGUCUGCGUACAGUGGAGUUUAGAAGAUCUUUGCGACAUGGAGGAGGUCGAUAUGGACGCUCUGCUGCGCUCGUAUGCACCUGACCAAGUACCAAGCUUAACGCAGGUUAGGUUAGGUGAGGAGCCUGGGCUAUGGCAGUUUGAUGGUUCGUUUGGCUGGUCGUGCGUGGUGUAA